AUGAAGCCAUCCAAGCCAACACCCUACCCUGGAAUGCAAGAGACCAUGCCCAAUCCUUACCCACCAGGCAACCCAACCAUGGCUCCUGCGUCUCAACCAGCUCAAUAUCAACAAUCUCUGAGUUUUAUGAAUGUAGGAAACCAAGCCCAAGCUGGGCAAUUUCCCUUCAUGACAUCUCCAGGACUCUUUCAUGGCAGUCAGCUUGCUCAAGGAAAUGUUCAAAUAGUAAAUCUAACGACAGAACCAGCAGCAGUAAACUUGAGAGAAGAAGGAAAGAUACUAGGGGCAAUCCAGAUCAUAAUUGGAGUGAUGCAGAUUGGUUUUGGGACUAUUCUAGGUUUGCUGGCCAUCACCUAUAGUAACAAUCUACUGGGCUUUGUUUCUCUUACUUUUCUCAUUGGAUACCCAUUCUGGGGUGGACUGUGUUUCAUUAUUUCUGGCUCUCUCUCUGUAUCAGCAUCCAAGGAAUUUUCCCCUUGUCUGAUAAAGGGCAGUCUAGGAAUGAACAUUGUCAGUUCUAUCUUUGCCAUCGUUGGCAUAAUUCUUUUUUUGGUGGAUCUGAUCAUCAAUGGAGUAGAUAACCAAGCCUUCUCGGCCGUGCUUUCUGGAAAAGGAAUAUCUUCUAUGCUGCUGAUUUUCUCCAUCUUAGAGGUCUGCAUAGCAUGUACCACAGCUCACUUUGCCAAGCAAGCAAUCACGAAUACCAACAGGUCUGCCCUGGCUAUUCCAAAUAUGUAUGCAAGCAACCCCGUGACCCAGUCCACACCAGCUCCUCCUCCCAGAUUUGAAGACCACCCAGCUUAUGCUCCUAGAUAA